CCUCCCCUCCCCCUCUUGUUUAUCGUCGCACCCUCUCCUUCAAGGUGAAACGCCCGCGUGCUCCUCCGCGACGCCGUCGCCACCUCGAGCUGUCGACUUAACCUCUUGUUCUCUGUUUCUCUAAAAGUUUAUACAAAUAAAUCGAAAGUGCACGAGUGUAUUGAAGAAGAAAAAGAGAUUCGUAGUGAGCCUGAAUAAUCACUAUGAACGAUUAUUACCGCCUCAGAUAUGACAUUAAGUGACGCCAGUAAUCAGAAAUUACAAUGAUUGGUGCGGCCUGUAGUUUGGAAGAUGCGUGUCAGCAGGCUCAGGAUAUGAUUAAUCAAGUACCCAGAUCUUGGAAAAAUGCGAUAGGUCCAGAUUCUUUGGCCUUAAUAUCGAAUAAAUCAUUGCCCUCACAGAAGAAAGAGCAGAGUCACUCCAGGCACAGCAUCCAGUCCAAACUCACCAGACUCUACUUUGAAGAACUCUCCAAGGUUCCUCAUGCAACCCCAGAUUCCGUUCUGAACAAUCUUGAGAAUGAGUGCGACCUUUUGGGGCGAUUAGUGCAACGAGAAGGUUUACAUACAUUAAUUGUUAAUCUCUAUGCUGGUAAUAAAGGAUACUCAUUAGCUGUAAGAAAUAGUGAUAAGGGGAAUCAGUAUGAUAAAAAUUCAUUACUAGCCGAGACUCAACUCAUGGGUUACGAACAGGGUGAACUACUUUCGUGCAUAGAUAAUGGUCAACUGCCGGCGAUGUUAGCCGAACAAUUAGAAUCCAAUUAUUCACAUUUAUUUUACGAUGGUUGCAUAAUCGCUGAGGUCCGAGAUUAUCGAAAGUCAUUCUCUCAUAACAGAGCCGAAGUUCAUCAUGUACUUCUUAAACCUACGACACAGAGCGUACUUUCGGAUGUGUCGACGCUUACAAGUGACGGAGAUUGGAGCCACGAGGAGCGGUUAAUGUUAGAAUCACAUAUAGUGGCAGCUACUCAAGGACCUUUAUGCUUAGAUCCGAAUCCUAUUCCCACCUUAGCUAGUACAAGAAUUAAACAAUCUAAAUCACUACUUACCGAUUAUCAGCUCAUGCGACAAGCCAAAAAGUUCUCUCAGGUCACAGUGAAUCGAAAAAGAAAAUUGGAACAGUUAGCCCAGUCGGAAGGACAAACGAUGCAGGAGUUAAUGCAGAAAUACCGUUCGAAAAGAAGAGGAUUAGCGACAAGCACUGCCUGCCCACCGCCUUUUCUCACAAGCCCUCCUCUGCUUCCACCAUCUUCAGCAAUCGAAGUUUUAAGAUAUGCAAAAGCAUACGAACGGCCAAAAGAAACGAUAGACUGUACGCCACAAGUUAUAGAAGAGUAUAUAUUAGAACCUGCGGAAAGUCAAGAUUACAUAAAGCUCUCGAUCCUUCAAAGACCUGCUACUUCCGAGUGCCUUGGAGAACUUUAUAUGGAUAAAAAUCAUCGUGACGGAAAAAAGAAUGGUUCUUCUUGCCGGUUUACAUUAGGAACCAGAACCAUAGCGAAUCAUUACUAUCAGCAGUUUAAAGAAAUAUUCACAGAGGAGGGUAGGAAGAAUGUGAGAAUAAGACAUAUUAUACCAGGAGCUGUACCAGGACAGACUCGUAUUACAUGUACACCUAGCAUGCAGCGAGCACAUCAGCAGGCGCAACAAGCGAAAUUAGCGGCUCGACAAUUUCAGCAAAUUCAAUCGCAACAGAUGGCACAGCAGCAAAUCCGCUCGCCGCUUCAGAUGCUAUCGCGGGCCCAGCAAGGACAACUGAAUACUCUGACCGGUCAGGUGGCCUCGAUGAAAACUAUGACGGAAGCCAGCACCUCUGUACAAAAUAAUCUCUGCGUAGACUCUGCAAAUAUGCCGCAAGUUAUUCCUCAGAACGAUGCCACCGUAUUGAGUUCAGGCCAGUCUUUGGCCAACGGUGGCCCCAACGCGUCCACCUCCGUGCAGGUCGAUAAUUCUUCUACGAUAGCAGUAGCUGACAACGCUUGUAACGGCUCCGGCAUCCUGGUUUUUCAACAAAAAUCGAGUGGUACUAUUAAUAACGCGACAUCCACUAAUGUUCCGGUCUUGCAAGCGCAAUUGCAAGCAGGGACACAGAAUUGUAUAAGUGAAACUGCCAAUCAGAACCAAAAUGAGCCGCCGUUCAAGAAACACUCGACUAAUCCGGCAAUAUGUGCCCUCGUCACUUCCCUCAUGAAUUCCGCGAAUCAGUUCCAACAACAAGCCGCAGCCAAUGCAGCAGCCGCAGCUAUGAACAACAACAAUGCGCAAGCUACAAAUAAGUCCAGCAACGCCACGAUCCUUAAUUUAUUAAAUAGUCCUACAAAUUUGGCUCAACAGAAAGUUCAACCGCGAAAGAUUUCUCUCAAUGCUUCCAUCCCAUCCAGAGUUUUUAGUCAGGGCAAUGUGAUCAACGUACCUAGCACUACGGGUCAGGUACGCGUGAGUUUGAAUUCCGCUUUAACCGGACAGCUAGGGUGCAAGCAACAAUCUAUGAAGACGACCACCGUGAGACUCGCGCGAGUGCAAGAUUCCACGUCUACGCUUGGCUUAUCAAUGCCGGGACUUUCGGCCAUGCUUGCUGGUACAAUAAACAUUAUCUAUAGAUCUUUAAAGAUACUCUAUUACGAUAAAAAAU